AUGGCUUCGGAUCAUGGAACCCUCGGGGCAACGCCUCCUAAAUCGAGUGCCGACUAUGUUGAGGAAAAGGGUUUCAAUGACAAUCUCGAUCCUACCAGAUUUCUCUCAGAGGCACACAAGACCUACCUAGUCGAGCGUCAUGGUACCCUGGAUAUUGAUCCCAUUCCCAGCAUGGAUCCUGCGGACCCAUACAAUUGGCCGCUAUGGAAGAAAACGGCGAACCUGAGUCUGGUCGCUUUCCACGCCUGUAUGGGCACGUUCACAGCCGCUGCUAUUAUUUGCGCCUACGAAGACAUCGCUGAAGAUCUCGGGGUGUCCAUCCAGCGCGUUUCAUACUUGACAUCUCUCCAAAUUGCCAUCCUCGGUGGAGCUCCGUUGCUCUGGAAGCCCCUUUCCUACAGAUUUGGACGCCGCCCGAUCUUUCUCCUCUCACUGAUUUUAAGCUGUGUCUGUAAUGUGGGAUGUGCAAAGAGUCCGGACUAUGCAUCCAUGGCCGCGUGCCGUGCAUUGGUGGCAUUUUUCAUUUCCCCUGCUAUGGCUAUCGGCAGUGGAGUCGUCACAGAGUCAUACUUCCGACACCAGCGAGCACGCUACAUGGGUGUUUGGACUCUGCUGGUGACGCUGGGAGUUCCCACUGGGCCAUUCAUCUUCGGCUUUGUGGUCCAGCGAGUCGGAUACCGCUGGAUCUACUGGAUCUUGGCUAUCACCAACGCCGUUCAGUUCAUCCUCUAUCUCUUCUUCGGUCCCGAGACCCGCUAUAUCGGCGGCGAUAUCGAGACUCGCCCAUCCGGUGUCAAGCACCAGUACCUGUCCAUCCGCCGAAUCGACCCGACUCCGCUUAAAUGGACUGAAUUCACUCACCCUUUGACUCUCUUCACGAACAUCCCCGUCCUCCUCGCCGCCAUCGCAUACUCGAUGGUCUUCCUCUUCGCCUCCGUCCUCGGCUCCGUUGAAGUCCCCCAACUACUCCAGAGCAAAUUCGAGCUCAACGCCCAGCAACUCGGUCUCCAGUUCCUUGGUCUGAUCGUAGGCUCCCUGCUCGGUGAAGUACUAGGUGGCUUCAUGUCCGACAUGUGGAUGAACGCCCGUGCCAAGCGCAUCGGCCACAAGCCUGUGCCUGAAUAUCGCUUGUGGUUGAGUUAUAUUGGAUAUCUGCUGGCUAUUGGUGGUCUUGCUAUGUUCCUGGUCUGUACGGAGGAUGCCUCGCAGGGUGUGUGGAAUGUGAAACCAGUUAUUGGAACCGGCAUUGCGGCGUUCGGUAACCAGGUUGUUACCACCGUCCUCACUACUUAUGCCGUGGAUACGUAUCCGCAGGAUGCAGGUAGCGUGGGUGUCUUCAUUAACUUUGUUCGAUCAACUUGGGGAUUCAUUGGGCCUUUCUGGUUUACCUCCAUGUUCGACAGCGUCGGCAUCGCUGCUAGCUCUGGAGUGGUGGCGGCCUUGAUUAUGGGCGCCAGUUUCUUCCCAACUUUGUUCUUGCAGUUCCAAGGAAAGAGGUGGUAUAGGCAUGACUAG